AUGGUUGCAGGUGAUGGAAUGGACAAGACCUUCACAAAUGUGCCUGGAGGGGUGAACCAGACAAAUGAUGGAGUUGUUAUGCUGAAGGAGCGGAAUGAAUCCAUUGACAGAGAUAGCAAGAAACUUCAUGAGAUGACAGAGAUAGAGUCGAGAGAAAGGAUCCCGUGUACAAUGCCUGGAGUGUGCAAUGCAGAUUCGACCAGGUGUCCUACCAGUGACCCCUUUCCUGUUCCCCAUGAGUGGUACCAGCCAGGUGGCCUCAUCAUCGGUGGGAUUUCUUCUCAGAUCUUUUAUCAAUUUGAUGAAGUUUCCUUCAGAGAACAGCCUUCACAGAACAUGUUCAAAAUUCCAUAUGUGGUGACGAAAUUCUACCAGCACACCCUUGCCUUGGCAUUUGCUGUAAAAGAGAUAAAUGACAGCCCCAAGAUCUUGCCCAAUCUCACCCUUGGAUUUCACAUCUAUGAUAGUUAUUAUGAUGCAAGGAUGACGUAUCGGACAACUCUGGACCUACUUUUCAAAUUGAAUAGAUUUAUCCCCAACUAUACAUGUGACAUGGAGAAAAACCUCAUAGCCAUCAUUGGAGGACUUAGCUCUGAUACCUCCUUCUAUAUGGCUGACACCAUAGGCCUCUACAAGAUUCCUCAGCUCACAUAUGGAUGUUUUCCCCCAGAGGAGAGUGAUGCAGAUCAGUUCCCUUCCUUUUUCCGCAUGGUACCCAAUGAUAGCCAUCAAUAUAUGGGGAUCAUCAGCUUACUAAAGCAUUUUGGAUGGAAAUGGGUUGGACUUUUCGUUGUGGAAGGUGACAGUGGAGAAAAAUUCUUGCAGACCCUGGAACCAUUCCUUUCCGAGCAUGGAAUCUGUUCAGCCUUCACACAAAAAAUACCACAAGUAGCCCAUUUAGAUGAGCUGAGUGUAACAAUUGGUGCGUUCUUCGAUAUUUUUCUGUCUUUAACAGAUGAUAAAGUCAAUGCAUGUAUAAUCUUUGGAGAAUCUUUAGCUCUUGCAUGGAUAAGAAUUGUUAUAUUUCUACGAGAUCCUGAAAAUAAGGAAAGUUCAUCAUUUAGGAAGGUUUGGAUCAUAACCACGCAGAUUGAUGUCGUAUUAAUUGGUAUUCAAAGGUUUUUGGAUUUUGAGCUCUUUCAAGGAUCCAUUUUCUUCACAAUUCACUCAGAAGAGCUUCUAGGGUUCAAGACGUUUCUUCAGAAUAUAAAGCCUGAUAGAAUAGACAGAGAUGGUUUCCUCAAGGACGUCUGGGAGCAAGCAUUUGACUGUACAUUGCCAACCCCCAGUGUGCCUUUCGAUAGUAACGAACAUUGUACUGGGGAAGAGAGACUGAAGAGCCUUCCGGGGGCACUAUUGAAGCAGAAGACUUUAAUGGCAGAUGGAAAGUUGGAUCUUCAAGACUGGCAACCUCUGAAGCUGCAACCUUUUCUUCGUGGCAUUAUAUUUAACAACUCUGCAGGAGAAACAGUGAGUUUCAAUGGUAAAAAUGAAAUGGAAGGUGCAUUUGACAUAAUGAACAUAGUCACAUUCCCAAACAAGUCUUUCCUUCGAGUGAAAGUUGGACAGGUGGACAAUGACGCUCUUGAAGCAAGAAGAAUCAUCAUUCAUGAGGACAUGAUUAAAUGGCACAAGGGUUUCAACCAGGUGGUACCUAUUUCUCUCUGCAAUAACUGCUGUCCCCCUGGUCAUCAGAAGAAAAGGAAGGAAGGGGAGAAAUUUUGCUGCUAUGAUUGUGCUCCAUGUCCAGAAGGGAAGAUUUCAGACCAGAAGGAUAUGGAUGAUUGUUUCAGAUGCCCAGAAGACCAAUAUGCAAACAGGAACAAAGAUGGAUGCAUCUCCAAAACAAUGAGCUUUCUUUCUUAUGAAGAACCCUUAGGGAUCAGCUUAGCCUCAAUUGCUAUUUGUUUCUCCAUUGUCACAACUUUAGUGUUUUUAGCUUUUGUGAAGCACAGAGAUACACCCAUUGUCAAAGCCAACAACAGAGAUCUCACCUACACUCUCCUCAUCUCUCUUCUGCUCUGCUUUCAAUCUUCUUUGCUAUUCAUUGGCAAACCAGGGGAAAUGGCCUGCUUCCUCAGACAACCUGCUUUUGGUAUCAUCUUCUCUGUGGCUGUUUCUUGUGUGCUGGCCAAAACCAUCACCGUAGUUGUAGCUUUCAUGGCCACCAAACCAGGGUCCAGCCUGAGGAAGUGGGUGGGGAAAAGACUGGCCAACUCCAUUGUCCUUUCCUGCUCUUUGAUUCAAGCAAGUCUGUGUACUCUCUGGUUGGCAACUUCACCCCCAUUCCCAGAAUUAGACAUGCACUCACUAAUGGAAGAAAUCACUGUGCAAUGUAAUGAAGGGUCGGUGACCUUGUUUCCCUGUGUCCUGGGCUACAUGGGCCUCCUGGCUUUCUUCAGCUUCCUCUCAGCAUUCCUGGCCCGCAAAUUACCUGACACUUUCAAUGAAGCCAAGUUCAUUACCUUCAGCAUGUUGCUGUUUUGCAGUGUUUGGUUGUGUUUUAUCCCAACCUAUCUGAGCACCAAAGGGAAAUACAUGGUGAUGGUGGAGAUCUUCUCCAUCUUGGCCUCCAGUGCUGGCUUACUGGGCUGCAUCUUUGCCCCGAAAUGCUACAUUAUCAUGCUGAGGCCCGAGCUCAACAACAAAGAACAACUAAUAAGGAGAAAGAAUUAA